AUAAACGGUUGGAUGACGGGUUUUCAGAGGCUUGAAGAAAACACAGCAUAUGCAUACAAGAAUAGCAAUCUUUGAAAAUGGGUUGGUGCUUAUGUAAGUGUCGACCCUUGUCAACGUUUUCUUCACUCUUGUACUCCUCAAAACCCUCUCUCCCCUUUCCCUCCACUUUCCUUCCUUCUUCUUCCAUCAAAUCCAGCUUCUUUUCUUGUUCAAUUUCUUCUUCUUCUGCGUUAGCCACUGGAACCUUCACUUGGGAAGAUGUGUUUCGCGUAUCUCAAUCUGCAGAAGAAGAAGAAGAAAACAACUCUUCCUAUCUCCAUGGCUACUUCCACAAAGUCCAAUUGUGCAAUCGUGGCUCUGGGAAACAAUCUGAGUUCCUUCCAUUUGUCAUUGAGGGUCAAACUGUUGGAUUCAUUCACGCUGGGUUUGUUGAGAAUUUCAAGAGCUUUAACGACGUGUUCGUUUAUAUCAAAGAUAACUCCAAUGGAGGCUCCGUUGGUGAAUUUUUUUCCUUGCAUCCAAUGCUGAAGACGGCCGAGGAAAGAACCAGUGCGGUCGCAUAUGUAAUAAAGUGUUUGGGUGAGAAGCAUAUUCCAGGUAUACGGAAUGAGCUCUACCCUGUGGUAUCAUCUUUUGGCUCACCCGUUCUCUUUUCAUUAGAACGUGCUGCAGCUCCGUAUUUUGGCAUAAAGGCUUAUGGAAUCCAUAUGAAUGGCUAUGUUGAGAUCGAUGGGCAGAAGCACCUGUGGGUAGGGAAGAGAAGUAACACAAAACAAACAUAUCCCGGAAUGCUCGAUCACCUAGUUGCUGGAGGACUGCCGCAUGGAAUCAAUUGUAAGGAGAAUGUUGCGAAGGAAUGCGAGGAGGAAGCAGGAAUACCCAGGUCCAUCUCUAUCAGGGCUAAACCUGUCAGUGCUGUUUCAUAUAUGGACAUAGAUGGAUACAGAUACAAGAGGGAUGUUCUAUUCUGUUAUGAUCUGAAGCUUCCUGAAAAUUUCAUACCGAAAAAUGAAGAUGGAGAGGUGGAGAGCUUCAAGUUGAUACCAAUUAGGCAAGUUGCAGAAGUUAUAAGGAAGACGCAAUUUUACAAGCCGAAUUGCGCUCUUGUAGUCAUCGAUUUCCUGUUCCGACACGGGUACAUCACUCCUGAAAAUUUUGGAUACUUGGAUCUCCUAAGAAGCUUAAGAAUAGGAGAGUGCUCCUAACACACAAAGCAUGAUCACUAUAUUUACUAGUACUGGUAUAUGCUUAUGCUCACAUUGGUAAUUUUUGUAACAACUUUUUUCUCAAGAAUCUGUGAAAAAAUAAUUGUCUAAUUCAGACAUUGAAUA